AUGGCGACGACCAUAGACACCUGCAAUGCCAUACAGGCGACAAAGAAAAAACAUCUCGGAAUCCCCGAAGCAAUAUUUGUGGUGUGUAAAAUAUGAAUUAUAUACAUUGUGGCCAUUAUACUUUAUGAACUAACACUCUCGAAUGUAUUUGCCGCUGUCCAGCCUCUAAACUAGCCUGUCACGAAUGCUAGCUAGCUAUGUUCAUUCAUAUCCUUUUAGGGAAAUGACGCCUAGAAAGUCCAUUAGGCCUAGCUACCUACCUAUCCAAUUUGUCAUGUCAUCCAAAUGCAAUGAAACGACUUUCUUCAGCUAGCUAUCUUGUAUACUCACAAUGGGUUUACUAUAUGGUGUGAAUGACUCGUCUGAAAGCUAGCUAGUAAACUAGCUAGAUUACCCGUUAGCGAACGUUAUUUUGUGAAUCGUUGUAGGAGGAUGUCGAGUCGUUUAUGAAGCAACCAGGGAACGACACUGCAGACGCCGUCCUGAGAAAACUGGAUGAGCAAUACCAGAAAUAUAAAUACAUGGAGCUCAACCUGGCUCAGAAGAAACAAAGGUAACUAAUAUACAGCAUAAGAUGUUAACGGUAACUACUUUAGUCAAAUGUCAAAACAGCAACAUACUUGACGUGUGCUUCAUUUCGUUUGCCUGACAUGUUAUUGUGGGCAGAGAUUGCACGUGUUGGACUAUUCCAUUGGUUCCAUUGUAUCAAGUUUAGCUACUAUUAUUCCCAGAUGAGAGGAAUUUACCAAUCUACAAACUCGUAAACUAGUGUGGUAUUGUGUUGUCUUCUCUGGUGUUAUGAUUUACUCUAUUUAGCUGGUAGGAUGACCCUGAGUUUUUGAUGGAUAAAUAUGUAAUAGUUCUGCUUCUAUCGUGUUGUCAUUCUUCUUCUAUGGUGUUUCUAUCUGCUGCACCCAGGUUGAAAAGCCAGAUCCCACAGAUCAAGCAGACUUUAGAAAUCCUACUACACAUGCAGAAGAAGAAGGUAAACAACAUUCAGUGCACUCCUCUUAUACACGUUUCAUAUACAGACAAAGAUCCCACAAGUUUACCAUGCCUGCUUUUUUAAAACCGACUUUUUGGUAUAUCUGAAAGGGGUAGGGGGUAAAAACAUGGCCAAUUAAAAGCCACCUAAAGACCUAAUCAUGAUUCCUGCAUUUUCACAGACCCUGUAACCAAAAUACCGGUAUCGGGUCUGUAAAUGGUUCUCUGAUUUUUUGCAGGUAAAUUCAUUUCCGUUUCCGUUGUUUGACACCUCCCUAAUUUGUAAUGCAAACACCCCCCCCAUGGUUUAACACCCCCUACCCCUCCCAAUUUGCCAGUUUCCCACUGAUAUGUAUAAAAGUGGUAAAUAAGGUGCUGUUUGAAAGGGGGUCAUAUAAACAUUACCUUAUAUCUUUACAGGUAAUAUACCACAUUCUGUCUGAAAUGGGUAUUACAGUGAUUACAUUCUUGCAGGACAAUUUGAUCACUAUAAGCGGUUGAUCACUAACUGCAUUCACAAUCAGCAGAGUGCACCAUAUGUGGUGUUGAGUUACUUUGUUUUCUCCCCAUAUCCCUCAUCCUAUAGGAAACCACAGACCCUAUGGAGACACACUUCCUAUUGGCUGACAACGUUUACUGCAAGGCGUCAGUCCCACCCACCGACAAAGUCUGCCUGUGGCUAGGGGUGAGUACUACUACAUGUCAUGUGUACCUAGUAACAUUGUUUGGUCUCAUCCGAUCACUUGUUCCCUAUUUAUGGAGCCCACUCCUUAUCCCUGAGGUUAGCCCAAUAUUAGACCUCUGAUUAUUACUUAAUUCAUGAGACCAGGUCUAAGGGCAUUCCAUGGCGACAGCGUGUGAUUUAAUUAAUGGUCCAAUAACUGUACCUGCUUGCAGCAUGUGUCCCGCUCCGAAGCUACAUCCAUAAAAUGGUGGACUGUUUCAAUUGGAGAAUUGCCGUUUGCAUCGCUGAGCAGUGAACAAGAAACUAUUAAAUCCACCUUUAAGAUGCUACCCUGCCCAAAUCAAAAUCUAAUAUGGAUGUCAAUGUUUUCUUCUGGCUUUGCGCGCACACGUUUCCUCUCCUUCCCAUCUGGGGUAGCAUGGUACCCGUAUUGCGAGGCUGAUUAGCUAGACAAACAGGUGUGCGCGCGAAGUAAGGAAAACAUAUAGAGAUGGGAGGGCCAGAAAAGUAAUGUUAUGCAAAGAUUUGGUGAAGUGGUGAAAGAGGAUCAUGGCAGUGAUGUGUUAUGUGCAAUGGUUGUGAGGCGCUAUUAGGGUGGGGCAAUGUCUGGAAUGACACAUAAUCCCAUCAACCUGUCCAACAUUGUUGAUAUAAGAUUUUAUCGUCCAUUAUUUUUUUUUUUACCCGGGGCAGUCGGAGGAGAGCGUUGCUGCGUUGGCUAGCAGAGAUCUGUGGCAUUGUGUUGUGUGACAAAACUGCAGUGGCCUGUUAUUGUCCCCAGCACAAGGUGGACCUGUGUAAUGUUCAUGCUGUUUAAUCAGCUUCUUGAUAUGCCACACUUGUCAGGUGGAUGAAUUAUCUUGGCAAAGGAGAAAUGCUCACUAACAGGGAUGUAAACAAAUUUGUGCACAACAUUUUAGCGAAAUAAGCUUUUUGUGCAUAUGGAACAUUUCUGGGAUCAUUUAUUUCAGCUCAUGAAACAUGGGACCAACACUUUACAGGUUGCGUCAAUAUUUUUGUUCAGUAUAAUUUGGAAAUAAUGCACAAAAACUAUUUCCCAUUGUAUUAGUUAUUGCAUUUUCUCCCCAGUCCCUAAACAUAUUUGCUCCACAAAAGAAGCAGCGAUAACAGAAAUAUAGUCGGGCAGUUGCAAAGGGUUAUUAGCAAUUGCAGGUGGACAAACAGCUGACCCGCGCACCACUACUGUACACACAUCAAUACACACAUCAAUACACAAAAGGCAAAGCACAAUCAUGGAAAACAAACACAUUCUUCAGUAAAAAGGUCCUCAAUCAGCCUAUUGGAGUCAGGGAUCGUCAACUACAGUCAAACUUUUGCCCCCGCCCCAGCUAACACCCCUGACUCCAAUAAUCAACUAAUCAUGAUCUUCAGUUUAGAAUGCGAUUACACUGAACAAAAAUAUAAACGCAACAUGUAAAGUGUUGGUCCCAUUUUCAUUUUUGAGCAGUAGCAUUUAUUUAUUUAUAUACAGUACCAGUCAAAAGUUUGGACACACCUACUCAUUCAAGGGUUUUAUUAAGAUUUUUACUAUUUUCUACAUUGUAGAAUAAUAGUGAAGACAUUAAAACUAUGAAAUAACACAUGGAAACAUUGUAGUAACCAAAAAAGUGUUAAACAAUCUAAAAUAUAUUUUAGAUUCUUCAGUGUAGCCACCCUUUCCCUUGAUGACGGCUUUGCACGCUCUUGGCAUUCUCUCAACCAGCUUCAUGAGGAAGGCUUUUCCAACAGUCUUGGAGUUCCCACAUAUGCUGAGCACAUGUUGGCUUCUUUUCCUUCACUCUGCAUCCCAAACCAUCUCAUUUGGGUUGAGGUUGGGUGAUUGUGGAGGCCAGGUCAUCUGAUCACUCUCCUUCUUGGUCAAAUUGCCCAUACACAGCCUGGAGGUGUGUUUUCGGUCAUUGUCCUGUUGAAAAACAAGUGAUCGGCCCACUAACCGCAAACCAGAUGGGAUGGCGUAUCGCUGCACAAUGCUGUGGUAGCCAUGCUGGUUAAGUGUGCCUUGAAUUCUAAAUAAAUCACAGACAGUGUCACCAGCAAAGCACCAUCACACCACCUCCUCCAUGCUCCAGUCCCCUAACCCUACCACCCCUCCCCUAAUUGGAGUAAACUAAUGGACAACAACACUUAGGCUUCUACUUCCAGCUUAUACAUACUCUAAAAAAAAUUAAGGACACAAUAUAUUUUACAAUAGAUAUCUUUUGUUUGUUUUUAGUCCCAUCCUUCAGCUACCAUCAACCCCUCCCAUCUAUCUCUGAAGACCAUCCAGUUCGAUUUCUAUUUUGCCAUAUAUUUUGAACUGUGCUGUUUCACAAAAGUUCAGAACCUUUCUAUUCUCAUAUUUUCUACAGAUUGUAAAUUUAAAGAUAACCUUUUUUGCGAAGAGUAUUAUAAUAUUAUUGAUCAAUUGACUAUGACUUUUCAAAUCACCCAGUAGUGCUGUCUGCAGAGUUAGCGCCAACUAAAUGUUGCACUUCUUCAACCAUUCCUGGACCUGCGACCAAAGAAAAGCUACAUAUGGACACUACCAAAACAAAUUAUCUAAUAAUUUGCAGCAAAAUCUGUACAGCUGGGAUGGUUGUAUCCCCCAUAUAUAUAUCAUUCUAUUGGUUGCAAGAAUCCAGCGAUGUUUUGCGUAUCAGUUCAUAAACCAUGUGCCAUGGAAUCGGUAUAUCAAAAAUCUCUUCCCAGCUAUUUUGCAAUCUACGGUGCCUUUGGAAAGUAUUCAGACCCCUUGAUUUUUUCCACAUUUUGAACAUUAGUCUUAUUCUAAAAUUGAUUCAAUAUUUUUUUUUUUAUCAGCAAUCUACACACAAUACCCCAUAAUGACAAAGCGAAAACAGGUUUUUAGAAUUUUAAGCUAAUUUAUAAAAAAUAUUAUUAUUAUUUACAUACGUAUUCAGACUCUUUGCUAUGAGACUCAAAAUUGAGCUCAGGUGCAUCCUGUUUCCAUUGAUCAUCCUUGAGAUGUUUCUACAACUUGAUUGGAGACCACCUGUGGUAAAUUCAAGUGAUUGGACAUGAUUUGGAAAGAAACACACCUGUCUAUAUAAGGUCCCACAGUUGACAGUGCAUGUCAGAGCAAAAACCAAGCCAUGAGCUCUGAGAAAGGAUUGUGUCGAGGCACAGGUCUGGGGACGGGUACCAAAACAUUUCUGCAGCAUCAUGCUGUGGGGAUGUUUUUCAGCGGCAGGGACUGGGAGACUAGUCAGGAUCGAGGGAAAGAUGAACGGAGCAAAGUACAGAGAGAUCCUUGAUGAAAACCUGCUCCAGAACGCUCAGGACCUCAGACUGGGGCGAAGGUUCACCUUCCAACAGGACAACGACCCUAAGUACACAGCCAAGACAACACAGGAGUGGCUUCGGGACUAGUCUCUGAAUGUCCUUGAGUGGCCCAGCUAGAGCCUGGACUUGAACCCGAUCGAACUACUCUGGAGAGACCUGAAAAUAGCUGUGCAGCGACGCUCCCUGUCCAACCUGACAGAGCUUGAGAGGAUCUGCAGAGAAGAAUGGGAGAAACUCCCCAAAUACAGGUGUGCCAAGCUUGUAGCGUCAUACCCAAGAAGACUUGAGGCUGUAAUCGUUGCCAAAGGUGCUUCAACAAAGUAAUGAGUAAAGGGUCUGAAUACUUAUAUAAAUGUGAUAUUUCGGGGGGGUUUCAAUUCGUACAUUUUGAGUUUAACCACAAUAUUUGUUGUAUUAUCUGUUCUGUCUUUUCUGGUGGAUUAAACAGAAAUUGCAACCAACUUUCUAUGGCUUGUUUUAAAAAUAGUGAUAUUUUGGAGAUUAUUUCAUUUUCAAAUAACCGAGUGAGAGGUUGUAAUCUGAAUAAAGGGGGAAAAGGCCAUUCUUGAACAUGGGGUGAGACAUUCUUACUAAUCUGCUGGAGAACCAUUUUGGAUUUAAGUAUAUAUUUUGUAUGACUGACGCCUUUUAGUGAGAGGUCUAAUGCUUUAAUAUUGAAUAAUUUCUGCCCUCCGAAUUCAUAUUAAUUAUAGAAAUAGGCCCGUUUAGUUUGGUCUGGCUUGCCGUUCCAAAUACAAUUGAAUCAUUUUUGCUCAUAUAAUAAUAAAAAAAGACAGGUCGCUAUGUGUAGGCAAGACCAUAAGCAAAUGGGUCUACUGGAAUAUAACUAAAGAGUUAAUUAGGGUGAUUUUUCCACAAAUAGACAUGCAUUUUUUCCUUUUCCUGAUAGCAAAAUCGUAUCUAUAUUUGCUAACUUUCUUUAUAAAUGUAUUGUACUGAGAUAAUUUAUUUAUUUUGGUAUAUGUAUACCGAGUAUUUCCACAUCACCGUCAGACAAUUUUAUUGGUAAACUACACGUAAUGUAAAAGUUGUAUUUUUAGUGAUCCAAUACGUUAUAUAGUACACUUUAUCAUAAUUUGGUUGUAAUCCAGAGAGGUUAGAAAAAGUAUGUAGGUCCUCUAUGAGUCUGUGGAGGGAUGAAUCAUCAGCGUACAGUGACACCUUUGUUUUUAAGCCCUUGAUUUCUAACCCCUUGAUUGUUGUUGGAUCUGAUUUUAAUAGCUAACAUUUUGUUGGCAUUAUUUACUAUUUUACACCUAGGGUUACUACACAUAACUGUAAGUCAUUUUAUAAAAGAUUCUCCAAAAUUGAAAUAUUCCAGGCAUUUACAGUGAGGGAAAAAAGUAUUUGAUCCCCUGCUGAUUUUGUACGUUUGCCCACUGACAAAGACAUGAUCAGUCUAUAAUUUUAAUGGUAGGUUUAUUUGAACAGUGAGAGACAGAAUAACAACAACAAAAUCCAGAAAAACGCAUGUCAAAAAUAUUAUAAAUUGAUUUGCAUUUUAAUGAGGGAAAUAAGUAUUUGACCCCUCUGCAAAACAUGACUUAGUACUUGGUGGCAAAACCCUUAUUGGCAAUCACAGAGGUCAGACGUUUCUUGUAGUUGGCCACCAGGUUUGCACACAUCUCAGGAGGGAUUUUGGUCCCACUCCUCUUUGCAGAUCUUCUCCAAGUCAUUAAGGUUUAGAGCCUGACGUUUGGCAACUCAAACCUUCAGCUCCCUCCACAAAUGUUCUAUGGGAUUAAGGUCUGGAGACUGGCUAGGCCACUCCAGGACCUUAAUGUGCUUCUUCUUGAGCCACUCCUUUGUUGCUUUGGCCAUGUGUUUUGGGUCAUUGUCAUGCUGGAAUACCCAUCCAAGACCAAUUUUCAAUGCCCUGGCUGAGGGAAGGAGGUUCUCACCCAAGAUUUGACGGUACAUGGCCCCGUCCAUCGUCCCUUUGAUGCGGUGAAGUUGUCCGGUCCCCUUAGCAGAAAAACACCCCCAAAGCAUAAUGUUUCCACCUCCAUGUUUGACGGUGGGGAUGGUGUUCUUGGGGUCAUAGGCAGCAUUCCUCCUCCAAACACGGCGAGUUGAGUUGAUGCCAAAGAGCUCGAUUUUGGUCUCAUCUGACCACAACACUUUCACCCAGUUCUCCUCUGAAUCAUUCAGAUGUUCAUUGGCAAACUUCAGACGGGCAUGUAUAUGUGCUUUCUUGAGCAGGGGGACAUUGCGGGCGCUGCAGGAUUUCAGUCCUUGACAGUGUACUGUGUUACCAAUUGUUUUCCUUGUGACUAUGGUCCCAGCUGCCUUGAGAUCAUUGACAAGAUCCUCCCGUGUAGUUCUGGGCUGAUUCCUCACCGUUCUCAUGAUCAUUGCAACUCCACGAGGUGAGAUCUUGCAUGGAGCCCCAGACCGAGGGAGAUUGACAUUUAUUUUGUGUUUCUUCCAUUUGCGAAUAAUCGCACCAACUGUUGUCACCUUCUCACCAAGCUGCUUGGCGAUGGUCUUGUAGCCCAUUCCAGCCUUGUGUAGGUCUACAAACUUGUCCCUGACAUCUUUGGAGAGCUCUUUGGUCUUGGCCAUGGUGGAGAAUUUGGAAUCUGAUUGUUUGAUUGCUUCUGUGGACAGGUGUAUUUUAUACAGGUAACAAGCUUAGAUUAGGAGCACUCCCUUUAAGAGUGUGCUCCUAAUCUAAGCUUGUUACCUGUAUAAAAUACACCUGGGAGCCAGAAAUCUUUCUGAUUGAGAGGGGGUCAAAUACUUAUUUCCCUCAUUAAAAUGCAAAUCAAUUUAUAACAUUUUCGACAUGCGUUUUUCUGGAUUUUUAUGUUGUUAUUCUGUCUCUCACUGUUCAAAUAAACCUACCAUUAAAAUUAUAGACUGAUCAUUUCUUUGUCAGUGGGCAAACAUACAAAAUCAGCAGGGGAUCAAAUACUUUUUUCCCUCACUGUAUAUAUAAAUUCCAGUCGCACUUUAUCAAAAGCCUUUUCAAAGUCCGCUAUGAAUACCAGGCCUGGUUUCCCAGAUUUUUCAUAGUGUUCUAUUGUUUCCAGUACUUGUCUUAUAUUAUCUCCAAUGUAUCUUCCAUGUAAAAAACCUGUCUGAUAAGGAUGAAUAAUAUCCGCCAAUACCUUUGUAAUUCUAUGCAUUUUGCUAGAUUAUUUGAUGUGUAAGUGGCCUCCAAUUUUUUAUAUGGACUGGAUCUUUAUAUUUACCACUUGGAUCCUGUUUCAGUAAUAAUGAAAACAAACCUUCUUGUUCAGUAUCUGAUAAUCUACAAUUUUUGUAGGAGUGGUUAAAACAUGCUAAUAACGGUCCUCUGACUAUAUCAAAAAAGGUUUGGUAUACCUCCACUGGUAAUGCCAUCCAACCCUGGAGUUUUCCCGGACUUAAAGGCUUUAAUUGCAUCAAGACGUUCCUCCUCUGUAAUUUGGCCUUCACAUGAGUCUUUCUGUACAGUUGUUAAUUUUACAUUAUUCAUAGAAAAACAAUCCAUACAUUUGUCUUCGGUUAGUGGAGAUGGAGGAGACUGAAACGAAAACAUGCUUAAAGUACUUUGCUUUCUCUUUCAAAAUAUCGUUUGGUAAAACAUGGGUGACUCCAUCAUUUGCAACAAGUUUCAGUAAUUUCUUUUUGGUACCAUUUCUAUGUUGAAGAUUUUAUACUAUAUUACACUUGAUCUUUCUUGAAUAAGUUCCUCCAUUCCUUUUAGAAUUUCUUCUAACUUAUUCUGUGCCUCUAUGGUACAGUUUCUAUUGCUGUCUAUCUGUACUAUUAGUCCUUCUAGUUCCUUUGUUAAUAUGGACUCUUUUGACCUAAAUUGCUUUUGUUUUGAGUACUGAAUUGCAUGGCCUCUAAAGGUGUCCCAUACAAUAAGGGGGAUCUGCUGUACCUAUGUUAUGUCGGGAUAAAGCCCAUUAUAAAUUAUUCUGGCCUAGUUAACUUGUUUUUAUCAUCCAAUAGGCUUUGAUCAAAUGUCCGAUAUCCUCGCCCACGUGGAAAUUCUGUAAGAGUAAUAUACACUGCUCAAAAAAAUAAAGGGAACACUUAAACAACACAUCCUAGAUCUGAAUGAAUGAAAUAAUCUUAUUAAAUACUUUUUUCUUUACAUAGUUGAAUGUGCUGACAACAAAGUCACACAAAUAUGAUCAAUGGAAAUCAAAUUUAUCAACCCAUGGAGGUCUGGAUUUGGAGUCACCCUCAAAAUUAAAGUGGAAAACCACACUACAGGCUGAUCCAACUUUGAUGUAAUGUCCUUAAAACAAGUCAAAAUGAGGCUCAGUAGUGUGUGUGGCCUCCACGUGCCUGUAUGACCUCCCUACAACGCCUGGGCAUGUUCCUGAUGAGGUGGCGGAUGGUCUCCUGAAGGAUCUCCUCCCAGACCUGGACUAAAGCAUCCGCCAACUCCUGGACAGUCUGUGGUGCAACAUGGCGUUGGUGGAUGGAGCGAGACAUGAUGUCCCAGAUGUGCUCAAUUGGAUUCAGGUCUGGGGAACGGGCGGGCCAGUCCAUAGCAUCAAUGCCUUCCUCUUGCAGGAACUGCUGACACACUCCAGCCACAUGAGGUCUAGCAUGGUCUUUCAUUAGGAGGAACCCAGGGCCAACCGCACCAGCAUAUGGUCUCACAAGGGGUCUGACAAUCUCAUCUCGGUACCUAAUGGCAGUCAGGCUACCUCUGGCGAGCACAUGGAGGGCUGUGCGGCCCCCCAAAGAAAUGCCACCCCACACCAUGACUGACCCACCGCCAAACCGGUCAUGCUGGAGGAUGUUGCAGGCAGCAGAACGUUCUCCACGGCGUCUCCAGACUCUGUCACGUCUGUCACGUGCUCAGUGUGAACCUGCUUUCAUCUGUGAAGAGCACAGGGCACCAGUGGCGAAUUUGCCAAUCUUGGUGUUCUCUGGCAAAUGCCAAACGUCCUGCACGGUGUUGGGCUGUAAGCACAACCCCCACCUGUGGACGUCGGGCCCUCACAUCCUCAUGGAGUCUGUUUCUGACCGUUUGAGCAGACACAUGCACAUUUGUGGCCUGCUGGAGGUCAUUUUGCAGGGCUCUGGCAGUGCUCCUCCUGCUCCUCCUUGCACAAAGGCGGAGGUAGCGGUCCUGCUGCUGGAUUGUUGCCCUCCUACGGCCUCCUCCUUGUCUCCUGAUGUACUGGCCUGUCUCCUGGUAGCGCCUCCAUGCUCUGGACACUACGCUGACAGACACAGCAAACCUUCUUGCCACAGCUCGCAUUGAUGUGCCAUCCUGGAUGAGCUGCACUACCUGAGCCACUUGUGUGGGUUGUAGACUCCGUCUCAUGCUACCACUAGAGUGAAAGCACCGCCAGCAUUCGAAAGUGACCAAAACAUCAGCCAGGAAGCAUAGGAACUGAGAAGUGGUCUGUGGUCACCACCUGCAGAACCACAUCUUUAUUGGGGGUGUCUUGCUAAUUGCCUAUAAUUUUCACCUGUUGUCUAUUCCAUUUGCACAACAGCAUGUGACAUUUAUUGUCAAUCAGUGUUUAAUUAAUUUAUGAUUAAACAGCAUGAUCAUUACACAGGUGCACCUCGUGCUGGGGACAAUAAAAGGCCACUCUAAAAUAUGCAGUUUUGUCACACAACACAAUGCCACAGAUGUCUCAAGUUGAGGGAGUGUGCAAUUGGCAUGCUGACUGCAGGAAUGUCCACCAGAGCUGCUGCCAGAGAAUUUAAUUUUCAUUUCUCUACCAUAAGGCGCCUCCAACGUCGUUUUAGAGAAUUUGGCAGUAUGUCCAACAGGCCCCUCAACUGCAGACCACGUGUAUGGCGUUGUGUGGGUGAGCGGUUUGCUGAUGUCAACAUUGUGAACAGAGUGCCCCAUGGUGGGGUUAUGGUAUGGGCAGGCAUAAGCUACGGACAACGAACACAAUUGCUUUUCUCGAUGGCAAUUUGAAUGCACAGAAAUACUGUGGCGAGAUUCUAAGGUCAAUUUUUUUUAAGGUAUCUGUGACCAACAGAUGCUUAUCUGUAUUCCCAGUCAUGUGAAAUCCAUAGAUUAGGGCCUAAUUAAUUUAUUUCAAUUGACUGAUUUCCUAAUGAACUGUAACUCAGUAAAAUCUUUGAAAUUGUUGCAUUUAUAUUGUUGUUCAGUAUAGUUUAAUCAGCUGUGUAUGCUAGCUGGGGAAAAAGUGUGACACCAUUCCGGCCCCAGAGGGCUGGAAUUGCUCAUCCCUGCUCUAAAGGCAUAAAUUCAUCCAAUUUUAGAAAUCCUUGGAGAUUAUUUUAUAAGUAAAGUGCCAAAAAACUAAAAGCAGAUUUACCUAACUCAGUAGAGAUCUCCAGAGUUAGCCAUCCCUGAGACCGGGUCUGCUAUCUCGUACGUCUGUAAGUAAACAAUUAAGUAAGGUACGGCCAAAGUUUAUGCAGGAAGCCCAGUCUCUGCAGUCUACUGUAAUAUCAACCUCCCUCUCUCUCCUCUUCUAGGCCAAUGUGAUGUUGGAGGACGACAUAGAAUGAAAGCAAGCACUAUUGAAGUCUACUGUUAUGUUGUUCACUCACUUUGACUUCUCCAUUUCCUCUCCUACCUUGCUUCCCUCCAUCCCCUCUCCUCUCCCAGGCCAAAGUGAUGUUGGAGUACGACAUCGACGAGGCCCAGACUCUGCUCGAGAAGAAUCUGGCAACCGCAUCACGCAACCUGGACUCCCUGGAAGAAGACCUGGACUUCCUCCGAGACCAGUUUACCACCACUGAAGUCAGUAUCCUUACGCCUAAAUAUAGGCCCAGGGACUAGUGUUUAACGGGCCUGGAGGUUGGAGAAAAAGCUGUGAUGAUACAAUGUUGUUUGAAUCAGGGAUGGGUAACUCUGGACAUGUAUUCAUAAAGUGUCUUAGAGUAGGAGUGCUGCUCUAGGAUCAGGUGCCCCACCCCCGUCCAUUCAUUAUAAUCUAAAAGGCAAAACAGAUCCUAGAUCAACACUUCUAUUCUGAGAGGCUAUAAGGUUAUAAGCCCAGGUCUUUGGGAGCUGAAUUAUCUGCUGGUUUUACCAUUAGGACAGUUUUAUGGUCUGGUAGGGCUGAGUGAUUGGUGCAGGUGUUUGACAGGUGACAGCUGUGGCAGACAUUUGUGUCAAAGCAGGGAAAGCAAGUCUGUGUUCAGUAGGCACGAACCAGGAGAAAACAACAAAUUGAAACUGAUGAGGUACAUACUUAACUUUGACAAUUUGAUCUUGUUCAAACUGUUGGGGUAAGUACUGUUGUUUUGAUAGACUGGUGAAGACAGUGUUCCGUGCUCAAACAACUAAAUUAGAGGUGCUUUCUAAGUAGAUGCCGCAUGGCAUGCAAACACAAGGCGUGGUACUCUCCUUAUGAAAAUACUAGACAAAACGUAUCUUUCAUAGACUGAGAUGUGUAUCAUCCUUAACCCAUUGCCCCUCUCAGACAUGGCACGAGUCUAUAACUGGGACGUGAAGAGAAGGAGCAAGGACAACCUCCUCAAAUCGGUUGAGAAGUCUUAAGAAAGAGGCCCCCCCAUAACAACUAUCUUCUCCCCAUAGAAACCCGCCCCGGCAACCCGCCCCAACUCCAUGUCUAUGUUCACAUCUCUAGUCUCUACAGUACAAGGUUGCAUCCCAAAUGACAUUCUAUUCCCUAUAUAGUGCAC